UUUAUCGAUGGAUACCGCCCGUGAUGCGGUGCGUGGCGUAUGCUGUGCAGAGUGCAGACUAUACAUAUAGAGGAACUAACUUGACAAGCAAUAGUAUAAACGGAAAUGUGCAGAUGCCGGAUAAACCCACUUGUUCACAGCUGUUUUAAUGUAAAAUAGCAACUAAAAGGUUUCAAAACAACAUGUUGCACUCGAAGAUAAAAGACGAAUUUCGCAAGAAUAAAAAGUAUUGUUGAAAAAUGCAAACAUCAACUGUUUGUAAAAACGACCAUGACAAGUCCAACACGCCAAGAAUCUGGACCCUUACAAGAGUGGGCUCCAUUAACAACUCUCUUGCAGAAGAUACCUUCAAAGAUUCAAACUGGUCUUUUUACACAAGAUAUAAAUUUUACGUGUCUCGAUGCCAUUGCUGAUUUUAUUGCCAUUGGGACUAAUCAUGGGGUGGUUUAUUGGUUUGACCGAAAAACCAGUCAACUGGAAACAUUUGGAUGCGAGGAUUCCAAUAGUAUUAUUACAUGUGUAAAAGUUGUUUCUACCGUUGACUAUAUGGUAGCUGCAGGCAAUAAUCAUGGAGUUGUCACUAUAUUUCAAGUACCAAAGCAACUUCCUGAUUCUUUACCUGAAAGUUUAAAACCAAAGAAAAAGAAACAGGUGGAAAGAUUUAAUGUCAGCGGUCUUCAUCAAGUGUCUGUAACAACUGUAGAAUGGUCCAAAAAUGGAAUGAAAUUGUUUAGCGGUGAUGAAAAUGGUUUAGUUGUUCUGACUGAGAUGGAUUUUAAUUUGCAUUUAUCUAAAUCGACAGAACUUUUAGAUGAAAAGUAUUCUGUAGUGCAAUUGAGUUAUCAGAGUGGACUACUGUUAAUAUCAACAUUAUUUCGAACCAUUAUAGUAAAUAACAAUCAGAGUACUCAAAUCAUUCAAGUUGGCCAAAAAGAGAGAAAAAUGCUUGGAAAACUAGGAGCUGUUUUUGCAAAAAAUAAAAAUCAUCCUUAUGAACCAAUUAUUUAUGCCAGUAGACCUGGUUUACGAGUAUGGCAAGCUGAUAAAAAUGGAAUAGUUGUGAAAACUUUAAUUCUCAAGGAAGCAGUUAAAAUGGAAAAAAGUAGAGUACAAUUAUUAAAUCCAGCAGCAGAUCAUUUGAAUCGAAAAUCUCAGGGAGAAUUGACAUUUGGUAUUAUUAUGCCUUUUAGUGAUGACUUACUAGUAACUUACAAUGAUGACAUAAUUUAUGUUGUAAAUCCGACUGAGGUAACAAUUUCAUCAAUUGUAACAAACCUCAGAAGAGUAACAGAUGUGUCAUGUACUCAAGAUGAAAUAUUUAUUCUUGAAGGGGACAGAAAUAUUUUACGUAUAGCAUACACUCCUGAAAUACAUUUUUUUGCUGAAAACCACUCUGCAAGUCAGUCAAAUAGACCUGUAACAUGGGCAUUUACAGAUUUAACAACAAAGCUCAAAUCAAGCUCUAUUGUGCCAGCAAUUCCAUUUCAUAAAAUAAAUCCCACAAAUCUUAUUCAGUCCACCAGCAUAUUGCCUCCUGUUGUUAUUGGAAUAGAUACAACAUCGAUCAUAAAUGCAGAAGAAGCAAUAGAAGUUCCACCAAUUAUUCCAUUAGAUAUUGACACUCAGAUUAUAUCUGAAGUGGAUUCAAAAGAAUCAAAUAGUAGCACAAAUAAUAGAAAUACUACAAUCAACCGAAAAGACAUCUUUCAGAAAAUUAGUGAACAGGAUUUCGAAGAAGUGCUUUUUACGCCGCGAAAAGAGGACAAAAAGAAAAAAAACCGCAUGAAUACUAGUCAUAUCCAAACAAAUUCUCAGGAUAAUCAGAAUAAAAGUUCUUCCGUAACAUUAGAUCAUUUAAAUCAAACGACUCAAAAGUUUGACAAUGACUUGAUUUUAGAAAAUGGCAGAAAUUUAGAAAGCAUUCAGAAAGCGGUUCAAGACAAAGAAAAGCUUUUGUCAAAUUAUCUAAGCUUGGAUUUGUCUCAAUAUAUGGACAAAAGUGCAAGUGGUUUAGAAAAUACUAGUUGCAACAGUCUUGUAGAUUUCAAUGGUUAUAUGAAUAACAGUUUUAAGUGUUGGAAUGUAGAGAAAAGACAAUCCAAAUCUCUAACAAAUUCAAUGACAGAAAAACUUUCAACACAAAAAAGUGAAUCGAAAGUGCACGAAUCUAAUCAUUUAGCUGAAUGCAGUACGAAAUUUCAUGGAACAAAAGUAACAAACCAACAAUCCUGGCCAAGCAAAUCCGGUUUAGAAGAUGCAAAAAUAUCAGAAGCUGAUUUUAAUGAACUUUCCAAAGAAUUUGUCAAAUCGACUAUUUAUGAAGACAGUGAUGACUGGAUUUUAUUAGGUUGACAGAUUGAUUAUUGACAGAUCUACAGUAUAAAUUAUUUUUUGUUUAUAUUUUAAUAAAAUUAUCUAUUAUAAAUACUCUUAUUUGAACUACAAAACAUAGUUAUACAUUUUUUUACUUCCUAACAAGACGAGGUCUGCAGCACAUAUUAGUUUGAAAUGUGAAAAAAGUAUGUUUAUAGAUGCAUUGUGUGAAGAAAAUGUGAAGGUUUUCUUGCAUUGUACUACUAGUAAAUUAUGCGUUAAGGAAUCAGUAAAGUCAAUGGUUAUUCCCGCGGGUGUACGCUCGGACAGUAAAUUAUCCGAGGAAAUAAUGAUCGACUUUCCUAUUGACAUUUACUGUCGACCUACUUUUUUCUUGAAAAGUUACCCCAUCUCAUCCAUUGCCAAUACAAUCGAAAUUAAAAAAUGAAUCAUUCAAAAUUAAAAAAAAAAAUUUCCGUAUUUUUCGGGAAUAAAAUACUAUACUUUCGUCCUGCUUUUCAAGGAAUAAAGUCUAAAAUAAUUUACGCACGUGUAUAAAUGCCUUUGAUAUUCGCGUGUACAGUCUUGUAUUAUUUCGAAUUCAUCAUCAUCGUUUGAAUAAAUCUAAGUACAGAAUAUAAUUGUUUAACAUUUUCUACUUUGUAAAAAUA